ACGACAAUCGAGUGGGUAGUAAAUUAAAUUUUAACGCCAGCGAGCUUCAAUUACCGGUAUAGCGUGACCUUUACCCGGAAUUGCCGUACUGCUUCGUUGUGGCGAGUUUAAAUCCGUUGACCUGAUCGAGCGACAAUCUAAAAUCAGUAUCAGUACUAGUAGUAGUCAGUGUCGGUCGAGACGUUGCUGAGGUCAGUUUGUUGAAUAGCUGUUGCGCGCAAAAUCCGUGGAACAAUGGCCGGCGAAACGAAUUCGGGUAUCGAGAAGCUGCUCAAGCUUGAUCCGUACCUUAAUUUGCACGAAAAGGAAAUCAGACGCAGAAAUAACGAACUUUGCAACUGGAUUAACAAACUGAAUCAGCUGGAGGGAGGGCUAGAAGAGUUCACGCAAGGUUACAAAUACUAUGGACUGCACAUUGCUUCCGACAACAGCGUGGUGGCACGUGAAUGGGCACCCGGUGCGCAGCAGCUCUAUCUUACCGGUGAUUUCAACAACUGGCAAUGGGAAGCAACCCCGUACAAGAAGCUUCCGUUCGGCAAAUGGGAACUGACACUGCCUCCGAAUUCAGAUGGAUCCUGCCCGAUCAAGCAUCUCUCGGAGAUCAAGGUGAUCGUUCGCAAGCAGGAUGGCCAGCUGGUUGAUCGCUUGUCACCGUGGGCCAAAUAUGUGGUUAAACCUCCGAAAGAGUUGGGCGUCAACUAUCAGCAGCGUGUGUAUCACCCUCCAGCGCAUGACAAGUACAUCUUCCGCCAUAAGAAGCCGGCCAAACCACGCGCCUUGCGCAUCUACGAGUGUCACGUGGGAAUUGCCACUGCAGAACUCGGCGUUGGAACGUACAGAAAUUUUGCCGACAAUGUUGUUCCACGGAUCAAGAACUUGGGCUACAACACCAUCCAAUUGAUGGCAGUCAUGGAGCAUGCGUACUAUGCCAGUUUUGGAUAUCAAAUAACGAGUUUCUUUGCUGCAUCUAGCCGCUGUGGAUAUCCGGAUGAGCUGAAGUACCUGGUUGACAAGGCUCACGAGGCCGGACUGUUUGUACUGUUGGAUGUGGUUCAUUCGCAUGCCAGUAAGAACACUCAGGAUGGUUUGAACCAAUUCGAUGGCACAAAUUCUUGUUAUUUCCACGAUGGAUCACGGGGUGAACAUUCACUUUGGGAUAGCCGUCUGUUCAAUUACUCCGAAUACGAGGUUCUCCGUUUCUUGUUGUCCAAUCUACGCUGGUGGCACGACGAGUACAACUUUGAUGGAUAUCGAUUUGACGGUGUCACGUCUAUGUUGUACCAUUCACGUGGCAUCGGGGAAGGUUUCUCCGGUGAUUAUAACGAAUACUUUGGAUUGAACGUCGAUACCGAAGCACUGAUCUAUUUGGCUAUCGCAAAUAAAUUCCUGCAUGAAUUGGAUCCCAAUGUGGUCACCAUUGCAGAGGACGUAAGUGGCAUGCCAACCUUGUGCCGUCCCACCGAUGAAGGUGGCAUCGGGUUUGAUUAUCGCCUAGGAAUGGCCAUCCCGGAUAAGUGGAUUGAACUUCUCAAAACGAAGAAGGAUGAAGAUUGGAACAUUGGCAACUUGGUACACACUUUAACGAAUCGUCGUUGGAUGGAGAACACCGUGGCGUACGCGGAGUCUCAUGACCAAGCCCUGGUCGGCGAUAAGACGAUCGCAUUCUGGUUAAUGGAUAAGGACAUGUACACGCAUAUGUCAGUCGUCUCCGAACCAAAUAUGAUCAUCGAUCGUGGACUAGCACUGCAUAAGAUGAUACGCUUAAUCACGCACGGUUUGGGUGGUGAAGCUUACUUAAACUUCAUUGGCAACGAGUUUGGUCAUCCGGAGUGGCUCGAUUUCCCGAGAGUCGGAAACAACGAAUCCUACCACUAUGCUCGCCGUCAGUGGCACUUGGUAGAUGAUCAGUUGUUGAAGUACCGAUUCCUGAACGAGUUCGAUCGUGCCAUGAAUCUUACCGAGGACAAGUAUCACUGGUUGGAUUGCCUUCCAGGGUACGUGAGCUGGAAGCACGAAGAUGACAAGGUGAUCGCCUUCGAGCGCAAUAAUUUGCUGUUCAUAUUCAAUUUCCAUUACUGCAAAAGUUUCACCGACUACCGCAUUGGAGUGGAACUGGCUGGCAAGUACAAAAUCGUUCUCAGCACCGAUGAUAAAGAAUUCGGAGGUUUCGACAGAAUCGAUAAGAAUGUUGAACAUCAAACAUUCCCGGAAGGAUGGGCUGGUCGACGGAACUACAUGCAGCUGUAUAUUCCAUGCAGGGUGGCGAUUGUCUUGGCUUCGAUCGGACAAUAAUAAGUACAAUAUUUAGAACGCUUAAAAAUGUCUCAAGGAGAAUAGAAGGAGAUCGAGAUUAUAUCGUUGGCCAUUAUACUUUUUUGUUUGUUUUUUGUUUAGAUGUAUAUUUCUAUAAACUUGUUACUGGCACAGCUAGCGCGGCUGUGAGCAUGCAUAUCGAGCAA